CGCCGAGGAGCAUCGCGCAGUGCGCAGUGCGACGGCAGGCCGCGAGCACGCGCUUUGAGUGCUAGUGUGCUGGAACUGGGAGCUACAGCAUGCUGGAGGUGACGGCGCUGCUGGUGGUGACUGUCGUGGCGGCGCUCACCGCCACGUACGUGUCCAGGAGGUGGCGCCUCUGGAACGAGAUAGACAAGCUGCCGGGAGAGCUGGCCAUACCGCUGCUAGGCAACACCUACAAGGUGCCCUUCAUCGCUUUGGAAGAUGCAGUCGCUCACGUGGACAAAAUAACCAGGAAAUACUGGCCUAUACAUCGAUCUUGGCUUGGUCCCAUUCCUGAAGUCCACAUUAGCAAACCAGAGCAUCUCGAGAAGAUAAUGACGAGCAGUGAACUGAUAACUAAAGCGGACAGCUACAGCUUCCUACACCCCUGGCUGGGAGACGGCCUUCUCACGAGCACAGGAACGAAGUGGCAUUCUCACCGCAAGAUGAUAACGCCAGCCUUCCACUUCAGCAUCCUGGAAAACUUCGUUGAAGUAUUUGCGGAAAAAUCUGAGAUUUUGGUAAAUCUACUGAAGACAAAAGCUGACGGCCAGUCUUUUGACAUGUACCCCUACAUCACACGCUGUGCGCUCGAUAUAAUAUGCGAAACUGCUAUGGGGACCUCAAUAGACGCACAGCACAAUACUGAAUCGGAUUAUGUAGCCGCGGUGUACAACAUUGCUGAACUUACAAUCCGAAGAGUAGUUAGCCCAUGGCUGCUGAAUGACUUCAUGUUCCGCAUGUCUCCGUCAGGGAAAAAGUUCUACAAGCAGUUGGAUGUUCUACAUGGAUUUACCAGGAAGGUGAUUCAACAGAAGAAGCAGUCGAGGAGGGCCAGCAAAACUGACGAAAAGGUGGCGCAGUACGAUGAUCUGGGGAGAAAGCGGCGUGUGGCGCUCCUGGACAUGCUUCUUGUCGAGUCUGAGGAUGGGAAGAAACUCAACGACACAGAGCUGCAGGAGGAAGUGGACACAUUUAUGUUCGAGGGUCACGACACGACCACAGUUGGCAUGUCGUGGGUCCUCAUCCUGUUGGGGCAUCAUCCAGGCAUACAGGAGAGAGUUUACUCCGAACAGAAGGACAUAUUCCAAGAUGACCCUGAGAGAUCACCAACAAUGCAGGAUCUGCAUAACAUGAAGUAUCUCGAAAUGGUCAUCAAGGAAUCCUUGAGACUGUAUCCCAGUGUGCCAUUCAUCGCUCGUAGGGCCACGCAAGAUAUACAGAUAGCCGGCUACAACAUCCCGGAGGGGACCACACUGACGCUGCACAUCUACCACGCCCACCGUGACCCCGACCACUGGCCGGAUCCGGAGCGCUUCGACCCGGACAACUUCCUGCCGGAGAGGGUGCAGGGCAGGCACCCCUUCGCCUACGUGCCUUUCAGCGGAGGACCGCGCAACUGCAUUGGUCAGAAAUUUGCCAUCCUCGAAGAGAAGACGGUUCUGUCGUACAUCUUACGCAACUACCGCGUGGAGACGGUGGAGAAGCUUGAGGACCUGAAGCUGAUAGGCGAGCUGGUGUUGCGGCCCUUCAAGGGCGUCUUCCUCAGGCUCACUCCGCGAUAGACGUUGGCAGCCGGGGCUAAGAAGCGGCUAUAGCACAGCUCGUACGAGGCACCAGAGAUGUAGUUCUGUAAACAACACACCUUUCAGCUAACAACAAGACACGACAGAUUUGUUUCGUUUGGACAUAAAUUAAUAAUUCUUCUACGUGUACAUCAGUCACAGUGCGUUUCAUGGAACACUUCAGCUUCCAAGCGAUUCGUCAGUGUUUGGUAUAUCACACACGGGGUUCACAAGACUGGGAACGAACAAAUGUUGUGUUUUGUUACACAGACUGACAAGGUAAGAACUACUUCACCACAGCUUAAAGUGCCUAACACGGAGUAUUGGGCUAAAAAGGGAACUUCCUCUGCGAAAUCUCCACUCCCGACGCUUCACAACCGCAAACGAAAAAGUGCAGUGAAGGGCUGCAGAUCAAAUCUACGAUUAAAAACUUCAGCAAUGGAUUAUAAUGUAUGACUAGUUUUGUAUAAACGAUAACAUUUCACAAAUAAGCGAAAUAUGUCAUCAUGAAUAUCGUAAGUACUUUUAAGCUGUACAUGGUGUUUUAUGUUAAAUAAAAACAAGGUUUCCAGUAUCAA